CGAAGAACAGAAUAUUCUUCGAGCGGAUGCGAUAAUUCUUGUUUAUAGUAUUGCUGAUACAAAAUCAUUUACUGAAGUUACAAAAUACUAUCGGUCAAUAAUGUUCCCAAUCGUGUUGGUUGGAACAAAAGCUGACAUAGACAAGAAGCAGCGACGAGUGUCAUCAUUUGAAGGACAACAGUUGGCCCGAAGUUUUAACUGUCCAUUUAUCGAAGUUUCAGCAAAAACCAAUGAUCGAGUACACGAAGCAUUUGUCGAAUUGAUGCGUUUGGUCGACAAACAAUAUGCACGCUUUCGGAGAUUUAAGAAAUCGCUGUCACCAAUUCUGCUCUAA